UUUGCAGGUUACUAUGAUGGCACAAUCUUUCAUCGUGUGGUGCCAGAAUUCAUUGUUCAAGGAGGAGAUCCGACAGGCUCUGGGACGGGUGGGGAGUCCAUCUAUGGUCGCCCUUUUAAGGAUGAAUUUCACUCCAGAUUACGCUUCAAUCGGAGAGGUUUGGUUGCUAUGGCAAACGCAGGACCUCAUGAUAAUGGGAGCCAGUUUUUCUUUACUCUUGGACGGGCUGAUGAACUCAACAACAAACACACCAUUUUUGGAAAGCGUUCUUGCAUUCAUCCGUUCUUGCAGACCAUGAAAGGGAAAAGCAAAAGCAGUCAUGACCUGCUGAAGGAUGAUCCCAAGUUAAGCUCUGUUCCAGUCGUUGACAGGAACCAAGGAGAUGAUUUUGAGGAUGCAGGCGAUGAUUCAGAGGAUGACAGCGAUCGUGAAUCAGAGAGAGAGCGGAUCCGAGAGAACAUCUCACAGAAACUAAAGAGAGACAAGACGGAUGAGCAGAAGACCAAUCCAGACACAGUGAAGAAGACCUCCCGCAGGUAUGCCAUCCAUCUUGCCGCAGUUUUCUGGGGUUUUCACUUGUACAUCAGGGAAGCCCAAUCUUGCUCCUGAAUUGUUUAGCUCCAACACACAUCG